UUUUUUUUUUUAACAAGACGACUUGGCAACGUCCACCACAUCCGCAGCAGAAGCUGCAACGCCUCCUCGGUGGCGUCCACUUGGACACUCUGCACAUUCGUGACUUCCGUGGACAUAUUAGCAACUGACAGCCUUAGCUCCCAGUCGCCCAGAGUUGCCAAGGCUGUUAGGAGUCCUCUGGAAAGUCGUUUGCCCCGGAUCGCUUUGAUUGAGAAGGCUGGCUAGUUUCUCCGGAGGUACUUGAGAAACUCUAGUCCUAGUCCAGGUGCAUAGGAAGCUGUGAAGAAAGACGCAGGUGCCCAGGAGAGGGGAAAUGGUGACGGCUCACCUGGAAUAAACCCAGCGAUUUUGAACCUGCAGACCAAGCGCAAACUAGAAACUGAAAGUACACUGCCGAUUGAUCCUACGGAAGUUAUGGAAAUGGCAAAGCACAGAGCUGGGCUGUGGUGUGUGCCGCCCCCUCGGGAUGGAUGAAACAACAGGCGCGGCGAGGGUGAGCAACCAGCCUCAGACACUGCCCUACCCGGCACCGACUCGCGGGAACUCCGCGGAAGACCAGGGUCCUGGGCGUGAUUAUGGGCGGUGAGAGCUUGCUCCUGCUGCAGUUGCGGUCAUCAUGACUACGCCCGCCUCCCGCAGACCAUGUUCCAUGUUUCUUUUAGGUAUAUCUUUGGAAUUCCUCCUUUGAUCCUUGUUCUGUUGCCAGUGACAUCACCUAAUUGUGAUAUAGAAAAAAUUAAAGGCGGCCAAGUAUAUGAAAAUGUUCUGUUAAUCAGCAUCAAUGAAUUGGACAGAAUGAUAGAAAUUGGUAGCAAUUGCCUGAAUAAUGAAUCUAACUUUUUUAAAAAACAUUCAUGUGAUGAUAAUAAGGAAGCUGCUUUUCUAGAACGUGCUGCUCGUAAGUUGGAUCAAUUUCACAAUAUGAGUAUCUCGGAUCAAGCGAAUAAUACGAGUAUCAAUGAGGAUUUCCAAAACCACUUAAAAAUAGUAUCAAAAGGCACAUUAACUGUGGUGAAUUGCACUGGUAAGGAAGAAAAGAAACCUUUAAAGGAUCAGAAAAAGAAUAACCGGUGUUUCCUAAAGAAAUUACUACAAAAGAUAAAAACUUGUUGGAACAAAAUUUUGAGGGGAAUUAAAGAAAACUGAAAAAUGUGGAGUGGCAGUAUAGAAAAAAUUAAACUGUAGUGCAUUCCCCCAAGUAUAUAUCUACUUAUACAAUUUUAGGGAGGGAAGAAUACCUCCUAGAAGUUACUGAACGCAUCCAAGCAGAAAAGGAUUACAGCACUUGAAAGACUGAUAUUCUACGACAACUUGGACGCAGCAAUGGAAACUGAACGCUUCACUCAAAGUAUUUCAUAUGCAUGCUGACAUAUUUCAAUCAUAGUAAUUCUGUGUUGAUUAUAAGACAAUCUAUGUUAGGUAUCAGUUGCAAAAAUUCUUUUUAAAUUUGUAUAAAUAACUCAGGAGAAGAUAUCAAAUCUAGCAAGUAUAUACAAAAGCUACAAGGAUUCAAAAUCAACACUGCUUUAUACUCAAAAUAAGGUUACACUGCAUUAGUAUAGUAUAUUAAGAAUGGAUAUUGUCAUCUAUGCUGGAGAUGUUUUAGGGUUAAUACUUACAUAUGAAUAAUGUCCAUGAGAACAAGAAAGCCAUAUACCUUUAACAAGCAGCAACAUAAAGAAGUUCAAGACAAAUAGCAGACAUAACAUGAGAUGUAAUCAAACAUGCAUGUAUAAUAUGAGUCCCUUCAUGAAGUGAUAUAUCAAAUAUUUUUGAGUGGAAAUAAGGUUUGUAAUAAAAACAGAGAUUCACCUCAUCCAAGGAUGCUAUAUGUUAGUAUUGAGUUACUUUGGUCAUUUAUGUAUAAUAAAACUUGUCUAAGUGGGUUUUGAUUGAUGAGUCUGGAAAGUAUAUUUUUAAGAGAAUAAUAUAUGUUGAACUCUUAACCUAUGGAAUGUAUAUAUUUAACACUAUGUAUAUAAAAUAUUUUCAUAUAGUAAUUAGAAAUACUUUGGAUACCAUUUCUCUUGAUAAUAAAUUUUGUAUGUAUUAAUACUGUCAGAUUCAGUGAAUGAAGCAUAACAGGAUUAAACAUGUUUUGGCUUUUAAUAGGUUCAAUGCAGUUCUGAGAAUAUGAUGCUAUUGCCUUUCACCCUUACUCCUUACCCAACAGUAUUUGUGAUAACCUACCACUCCUUGUUCUUUCAUAUUCUGUGAGUACAUGACUUUAGUACCUGAUUAUUGAGAAUCAAUGUGGGAUCAGGAUGUCAAAACUACGUAAGACUGGGAACACUGCUUUCUAAGUUAAAUACUAGUCUUUCAUAAGGAAUUUUGCAUACACUAGGGCCUGUUGAGAAAAACCUGAAAUUCUUGUUCAUUUACAGAAUGAUAUAAACACUAUUCUAGGCAAGAAAAUGUACAGAAGAGUAGCAAAGCUAGUCCAGGAUAGUUCCAUAUCAAAUGUGCCUUUUUCUAAUGGCACAUCUAAUUAGUCUGAAUAUUUAUCCAAACUAGGAAAGUGAGUAGCUGUGCUCUGCUAUGCAUGGUAGGAUAUAUAUAUAGUGGCAUCCUGGGUCUCUGCCAUUUAGAGGUGAGAGACAUUCUCCCACAAAUAGUAAUAAUAGACCUUCAAUGCCCUAUGAAACAAAAUCACUCAGCUGAAACAGUUCUAGAAGUUAUGCAUGUUUAAGUACAGAACAUAUUUUAAGCUUCUUGUGUAAGAUGGAAAGUGUAUAUUAAGGUUCAUUUAAUUGCAUGUGGACAUUCACCUAUUUAUCAUUUGUUGAGAAGACUGUACUUUCUCAAAUUUCCUUUGUAUUUCUAUAGAACUGAACAAAUUAUAUUUGUGUGGAUAUAUAUAUAUGUAUGUAUAGAUAAUGUUCUACUCUAUUCCAAUCAUCUGUAUGUCGAUAAUUUAUCCAUGUCAUGAUUAGUAUAUCAUCAUCAUAAGUCUAAAAAUUAGGUCACUGUGUGUUUUUUUUUCCUUUUUCUGAUAUUCUUGUUCUUUUGUCUUUUCAUAUACAGUUUAUGAUCAGCCCGUUAGACCACUAAAAUGCUUACAGGAAUUUGAGGAGAAAUUGUUAUUAAGCCUACAGUUUAAACUGGGGGGUGCAAAGUUUAUUGUUUGACCUAAGGAAUACAGUAUGAUUCUGUAUUUAGGUCUUUGAGUUCUUCCAUCAAGUUUUAUAUUUUCCAGCAUACAACCCCUAAACAUAUUUUAGUCAACAUAUAUGCGUAAAUACUUGGGUAAGUUCAUGUGUGUAAUAUUACAAAUGGUAUUUUUAAAUAUAAAGUGAUCCUGCUUACCGUUGUCAUAUAUAAAUAAUUAUUGCUAUUGUACAUUGUCAUUGUAUCCUGUGAUCUUGAUAAACUCACUUGUUAAUUCAGCCUUUCUAUGGAUUCUGUGGGAUCAUCUAUAUAAGCAGUCAUGAUGCUGGC